AUGGGAACCCGUGGCGAUGUGCCCCCAGCCAAGGUUCUAGCUCCAGUGGCUGUGUACUGUGGGAGUGUCCCUCGAACCAGUGCUGGGUCCCGAGUGCCCCCACCUGGAAGCAUAGACUCCUGUCUGCCGGCCUGUGGUGAAGCCUCCCUCCAUCCCACACCGACUGUCCUACUGAGCAAUGAGAAGCCAUCACAGCUCUUGAGUGGACAUGGGGACCUAGGUAGUCUCAAACUGGAUGACCCUUUGAAGAGCUGGCAGGCAAGAAAUGGCCACCCCAGGAACCUUGGAGCUCUGCCUUUGGGGCUCCACCCCCUGGCACCCGUCCUCUCACUGGAGUCAGAGGCCAACAGUGUGGCUCGGGACACCAUUCAGAUCAAGGAUAAGCUCAAGAAGAGGAGGCUGUCGGAGGGCAUGGCAGCAUCUUCGAGAGCCUCUCUGGAUCCUGGUGGAGGCCCCAAAGGAAUUCCUCUGAGGAGCACCAUCCCCCGCACUACCUCACAGAGGCUACUGAGGGUGCCCAGACCAAUGCCUCCCAUCCAGAGCAUACCCACCACCCCUGAGGCCAGUGGAGCUAAGGGGAAGGACCUGGACCAACCCAAGAGCCAGCAGGCUCCCCAGGAGCUGAGAACUGGAGCCCAGGAGGUGCAGAUUUCCCCACAAUACCUGCAUUGCAAUGACGAGAAGAUGAGCAAGUCGUUGGGAGGUGUCAUGAUCCCACCCAUCCCCAAGGUUGGGACACCUGCAGGGACCUCCUCCUGUAAGCCUGGCUCCCUUCCCAGCCCCUUGGUUCCAGGCCAGGAUAUCCUCACUGGACCGAUGGCCCCUCACACACGAUUGGUUCGGGAGAAUGGGCCUCAGGAGAAGACUCCGAAAUCUCUGGAGCCAAAACCCUCGGCCCCACCUGGCAGAGAAAGGCCUACCGCAGCCCCUGAGAAGCCCCUGGCUUCAUCACAGUCUGCUCCUAUACUGACAUCCUUCUCCUUUGGCCAUGCCAAAGAAGCUCACCCCUUUCAGAAAGAAGAGGACCAGAAGGAGACUAGCAGCAAGAUCCAAGUCACCAUCUCCAAGUCUGCCCAGGAGAAGAUGCGACUGAAGCAGCUGAAGGAGAUGGAGCUGUUGCGGAGGGCGAAGGAACUGGAGAGGAAGAAGGAGUUGGCUGCUCAAGGCCUGGGGCCACGGAGAACCUUAGUGAAGGAAGGCCUCCUUCCCCUGCGGGGCAGCGGGAGCACGUCUGUGCCCACUGGGCUGAGAAGCCCAUGCAGAAGCAGCGUCGGUACCAUCCUAAGGAAGAGGGUCAACCGGUCCUCUCUGCCCAGCAUCCCCAUCAGCAAGCAAGAGCCCAGCUUUGCCCGCCAUGCUUCAGCUAACUCCUUACCUGCGGUGCUCACUUUGGGGUCUCCUGAAUGGGAGGAAGAGGAAGAGGAGACGGACCUGAGAGCCUUCAGGGAGUUGAGACCCUUUUCAAACCCAGAACUGGGGUUGACAGAUGCCCUCCAGUGCCUCAAUAGCAGUGACUGGCAGAUGAAGGAAAAGGGUCUGGUGAGCAUCCAGCGCCUGGUGACCUGCCACUCAGAGGUCCUUCUUGCUGGGAGGCUGCACGACGUGACCUUGGCAGUGACUGGGGAGGUCACCAACCUCCGCUCCAAGGUGUCCCGCCUGGCCAUCAGCACCUUGGGAGACCUCUUCCAAAUCUUGAAGAAGAACAUGGAUCAGGAGGCUGAGGAGAUCACCCGCUGCUUGCUCCAGAAGAUGGGGAACACCAGCGAGUUCAUCCAGCGGGCAGCCAACUGGGCUCUGGGCGCCAUGGUGGAGAAUGUGACUCCAGCCCGAGCCCUGGUGGCCCUCACCUCUGCGGGUGUUUACCACCGAAACCCCUUAGUUCGGAAAUGUACUGCCAAGCACCUCUCAGCCGUCCUGGAGCAGAUCGGUGCCGAGAAGCUUCUCUCAGGCCCCAGGGACAGUACAGACAUGCUGGUACACAACCUUGUGAGGCUGGCCCAGGACUCCAACCAGGACACCAGGUUUUAUGGCCGGAAGAUGGUAAACAUCUUGAUGGCCAAUGCUAAGUUUGAUGCAUUUCUGAAGCAGUCUCUCCCCUCUCAUGACUUGCGCAAAGUCAUGGCGGCCAUUAAACAGCGAGGAAUAGAAGACAACCAUGAACUUCUAUCUGCCAAAGACCACAAGGUGUCAAGGAGUCUGGUGACGUGUGAGAAUGGACUGCCCAUUGAGGAAGGGCUUGCUUCCAAUAGCCUGCGGAUGGCAGGACUGCGGUUUUCCAUGCGGGGUGGUGCGGAGAUGGUGGAGCAGCUGCGGGAGCUGAUGCGGCUGCUGGAGGCCAAGGAGUACCAGUCUCGGAUGGAAGGCAUAGGGCGGCUCCUUGAGUACUGCAGGACAAAGCCAGAGCUCAUCACCACCAACGUGGUCGAGGUCUUUGAUGCUUUCACCCCAAGGCUUCAGGAUUCCAACAAGAAAGUGAACCAGUGGGCACUGGAGUCCCUUGCCAAGAUGCUCCCCCUCCUCAAAGAGGGCGUGCACCCCUUGCUGCUCUCCCUCAUCAUCACUGUUGCAGACAACCUUAACUCCAAGAACUUGGGGAUUUCCACCGCUGCUGCCACUGCCCUGGAUGCAAUGAUGGAGAACCUGGAUCACCUUUGCCUCCUCCAAGCAUUUGCUGGGCGUGUGCGUUUCCUGAGUGGCCGUGCGGUUCUGGAUGUCACAGAGCGCCUGUCAGUGUUGGUGGCUUCAGUUUACCCCCGAAAGCCUCAGGCAGUGGAGCGGCAUGUCCUUCCUGUCCUCUGGUACUUCUUGAACAACAUGACUGGGAAUGGCAUCCUGCCUGGGCGGGGUGGGAACGUCCGAAUGGUGGUAUGCCAGCUAUCCAGGAGCCUCCAGAAGCAAAUGGGCUCCCGCCUGCAGGACUUUGCCGCCAGCCAGCCAAAGCAAGUUCUCAAAACGCUCCAGGAACUCUUAGACACAGAGUCCCUGGGUAGCAGCCACAAGGUCACUGACAAAUGCCACCUGACAGCAAGAUGACUGGCUGCUCAUGUCCCUUUCCGCUGGAUUAAAGAUGGAUCUGAAGUGGGCAGUUAUUUUUAUCUUAUUUUUUUGAUGGAAUAAUC